AUGUCUUCUAUCGCUACAAAGAUUGCCACCGCUACAGUCAAUCGGACGUACAUUAACGCACCGUACUCUUACGUUUCGAUAAAGAGACUGUUCGAGGUUUCAAAUAAUUACCGUCGUGAUCCUCCUGCUAAUCUUAAUCCCUCCUGGGCUGUUGGUGUACAGCGACGAUCCGACGGUUCGAUUCUCUCGAAAACCGCCGCUAAUGCUGCACCCUCCAUCGGUAUCAUUCAGAAGCGUCAACUAUCCUCUAUUCCUGCCGUGGAUUCUGGUAGAUCAACAGUAGUUCCAGACUUCUCCGCAUACAGGAAUAAGAGUGACGCUUAUGCUAGUCGUACAUUCGCCUAUUUAAUGGUCGGCACUACUGGCGUAAUAACCGCUGCAGGGACUAAAGCUUUGGUUACUGAUUUUCUCGCAAAUUUAAGCGCAUCGGCUGAUGUACUGGCCUUGGCAAAAGUUGAAAUAGAUUUAUCCAAAAUUCCAGAAGGGAAGAAUGUCACUAUUAAAUGGCGCGGAAAACCAGUUUUUAUUAGACACAGGACACCUAGUGAAAUUGCUGAAGCAAGUUCAGUCAAAUUAAAUGAACUCAGGGAUCCACAGAGUGAUGCUGACAGGGUUAAAAAGCCUGAGUGGUUGGUUAUGAUUGGUGUGUGUACUCAUUUAGGUUGCGUUCCAAUUGGAGAAUCUGGGGAUUACGGUGGUUGGUAUUGCCCAUGCCACGGUUCACAUUAUGAUAUAUCUGGCAGAAUCAGGAAAGGCCCUGCUCCACAAAAUCUCGAAGUUCCCGCAUACGAUUUCGAGGAUGAUCAGAAGUUGAUUGUUGGAUGA